AUGUCGAUGGUUCUACUGCCCACCACGGCGCUUGCCCUGCUGGCUUGGCUGAUGAUCCGACAGUUAGCCAAGCUGACGAAAAAGCCGAAGCUCGAUAUGCCGUAUCUCGACUUCGAGGAUGGCGACAACUCGAUGCAACGGUACCUCCACGACGCGGGGAGUAUCCUGGAACGGGGCUACGAGCAGUACCUCAAGGAGGGCUUGCCGUUUGCCAUGUUCAAUUAUAUGGAUGCCUCCACUCCUAUGGCCGUUAUUCCCCUCAAGUAUCUUGAGGAAGUUCGAAGCGCAAGCACCUGCAAGCUCAGCUUCAACAGUUUUCUUAAUAAGUCUACCGUUGCCAAAGAUAUCGGUGGCCCUUUGGUGACCGAUCGCGUGAUCCGUGUUGUCCGACAAGAUUUGAACAGGGCGCUGAACGAAAUGAUCGAACCAAUCCAGCAGGCAUGCGACAAGGUGUUCGGGAUCCUUCUUCCACCAAGCCGAGACUGGACACCCCUUAAUGGGCAUUCCCUCCUCUGGCCACUCGUUUCCCGCAUCAUGGCACGCACUUUUGUAGGCCCCGAGUUGUGGGACAGCGAGGAAUGGCACGCGGUAGUCUCAUCUUACUUCCAUGCGGGCCUUGCGGCUUCCCAACGCGUUCGUGAUGGAUAUCACCCAUGGCUGCGAUGGACGGCCAAGUACUUUGACAAGGAUAUCAAGGCUAUCUAUGCUGUUCGCCGGAAGGGCGAGGAGCUUUUGAAGCCCGUGAUAGAUGCCCGAAUUGCUGACGCCCGCAACCAAGCCAACGGUCAAGGGCCUGGGUUCAAUGACGGAGUCCGGUGGCUCGUAGACGCAUACAGGGCCGAGAACAAGCCGAUCAAGGCUGAGCAGAUCAUGCAAGACGAGGCUUUCCUUGUCGGUGCUUCCGUCCACGGCAUUACCGUUAAUGCGCUCUCCAUCCUGUUUGACCUUAUGGAUCGCCCCGAGUCGCUGGCCGAGAUCCAGGCCGAGAUUUCCCAGGUACAUGCCGAGUACGGCGGCUGGACUCGAAAGUCACUCGGAGCGCUUCGGGUCAUGGACAGCUUCAUGAAGGAGAGCCAGCGGUUGCACACCCCCCAACACUGCACCAUGCAGCGCAGGGCUCUCGAGGGUUACACCUUCAAAGAUGGACUCUACAUCCCGGCCGGCACAUCGAUCUUCCUCCCUAGCAGGCUGCUUGGACGCGACCCGGACGUCCAUCCUGACGGCGCCAAAUUCGACGCCAAGCGCUGGAAGCGCAUGAGGGAAGAAGGCGACGCCACCAAAUUCCAUUUCGCCUCGCUCCAGAACGACAUGCUGCCAUGGGGCAGCGGCCCCCACGCCUGCCCCGGUCGCUUCCUUGUUCAAGAAGUCAUAAAAAUCAUCUUCAUCCACCUUGUCACAAAGUACGACGUUAAGUAUUCCGAGGGCGUGGAGAGUCGCCCCCCGGAUUACCUCGAGCAUACCAACUCCAUACCAAAUAUAAUGGCAUUACUGCUCUUUAAGGAGAGGUAA